AUGCAUUUAUUUAUACUAGGAGCACAUUUUGAGCCUCUAAUCAAGCAGACAGUAUGCUACAUUGUGUGUGGAUUGAUUUACAAUGAAAAUGGAGAAGUUCUCUUGAUCCAGGAAGCUAAGCAGUCAUGUAGAGGCAAAUGGUACCUGCCUGCUGGAAGGAUGGAGGUGGAAGAAACUAUUGAAGAGGCCCUAAAGCGAGAGGUAAAGGAAGAAGCUGGGUUUUGCUGUGAGAUCACAACUUUGCUCUUGGUGGAAAUCGAUUGUGGGGCUCGAUGGGUUAGGUUUACUUGCCUAGCAAGAGUCACAGGAGGUCACCUGAAAUCCAAAAAGGAGAUGGACAAGGAGUCUUUGCAGGCUCGCUGGUGUAGUACACAUGAUAUCUCACAGUUGGAAAUAAGGGCCCACGAUAUUUUCCCCCUUAUGGAGUAUGCGGAGCAAUUUAGAAGUUUGCCUGCUAGCAGCAGGCACUGUAACGUUUUGCCCACUGUUAGCCGACACAAGAGAUUACUGGUGAGAGCGGUUAUUGUCAAGAACACUGAAGCAAGUAAAAACGCCCAAGUUCUGAUUGGAAAAAAAAGUGGUAGCCACUUUCCUGUAGGAACAAUUGGACCAGGUGAUUAUGGACUGUGCUUCAGCAUAGCAAGGAUAGUUAGGACUGCGCUCGGAGGAGGGGUGAAGGCAAAGCUAGUUGUUCACGGUAUUUUAGCCGUGGAACACUGCGGGGCGCCGGCGUUGGAGAACGAUGGACUCUGCUUCACAUGCCUAGCAUCCAUCGGUCCCAGGAACAACAUCGACGACUACGACACAGCUGCCACCCUCGCCGCACAGAUAGCGGCAGAGUUCUCCGUGUCCGAACCACCAGAGGUCGCCACUUUCAGCAUCGCCUGCACAGAUUACGCUUGGCUGUCAAUCGUAGAUGAUCAGCUUUCACAAGAAUUGCUGGGUAGGUUAGGAAAAUAUAUGACGAUACCAACAAACCGAAAUGCAGAGUUUGAAGAAAUGCUGAUACCAUUCAGAUGAGCUUCUGGCAUGCAAGAGCAGUACAUAGUGGAAGUACUUUUAUCUGAGAAAUACAAUUUCACGUAUAUUGCCUCAGUAAUGUGAUAGAGAUAGUGCCUGCAUGCCAUAUAUUUAUUGAUUAUAGUUAGGACAGAUUUAGUAUUCACGUAGUGAACCAAACUGAUUAAAAAAUUAUUCCCGCAUAAACCAAAA